UUAGUACAGCGCAUCGCCAAGCAAAAGGACGGUUUAUUUAUUUACAUUUUAUACAGCAUCCGCGAGAUAAAGGAGAUACGACGGUUGCUGUGCGUGUUUUAAUCCUAGUCAUUCUUCGCAUUUUGAUGCUCAAUUGUGAAACGUUCCCACAACAGGUGCAAUUUGAUUGAUUUCUUUUGUAGGUUGAAACGUACAACAUCAGACCGUACGGAAAUUGAACGCUUCAGUCCCCAGCAAGAUGUCUGGUAAAACAGUUCCCAUUCACUUUGUGCUGCUUGCUUUAAUUGCUUUUGUUCUACCGAUUGAAGGUGAUGUAGCUGGGGAUAGUGCCGCACGGUACGAUCACUACCGGUUGUAUCGUGUCGAGCUCGACACGGAGGAUCAUGUGGAGCUUUUUCAACAGCUGGAAGCAAAGAGUGAUAGUUGCACGUUCUAUGGACAUGCACGGCAACCCGGCCAACAGCUCACGAUAAUGGUGUCCGCCAGCAAGGUGGCCGAUUUUGAGGAUCUUCUCGCGCUGCACGCAGUAAAUGGCCGGUUGCUGGUACGCAACAUGCAGCAGUUGAUAGAUCGUGAAGCGACCACGGUAAAACCGAUCACAACGGAUCCGGUCGAGUUGGAUUGGCAGCAUUACUAUCAGCUGGAAACGAUUUACGCAUGGAUGGAUAUGCUUUCGCGCCGAUAUCCUGAGUUUGUAAGCAUAGUUGAAAUUGGCAAGAGCUACGAAGGUCGCCCCAUCAAGGGUGUAAAGCUUUCGCGCCGUCCGGACAAUAAAGCGAUCGUGGUGGAAGGUGGAAUACAUGCGCGGGAGUGGAUUUCACCGGCAACUGCAACGUUUCUGCUGCACGAGCUAAUCACGUCGGAGGAUCCAACCGUACGGGAGAUCGGUACCGCGUACGAUUGGUAUUUCUUCCCGAUCGUCAACCCGGACGGUUAUCGGUUUACCUUUACUGGGGAUCGGCUUUGGCGUAAGAAUCGCAAGCCGUACGGGCUGUGCCGGGGUGUCGAUUUGAACCGUAACUUCGACAGCAACUGGGGCGGUACCGGGUCGAGUGACGAUCCGUGCAGUUACGACUUUUCCGGCAGUGACGCAUUCUCCGAACCGGAAUCGAUUGCGCUUGCGGAUUUUCUGCGUGCAAACAUUGGACCAGCCCGCAUCCGGACGUACAUUGCACUGCAUUCGUACUCGCAGCUGCUCAUGUUCCCGUACGGUCACACCGCGGAAAAGAUCCCGAACUAUGACGAUCUGCAGCUGAUCACGGAUCGAGCGAUCGAGGCACUGACGGCCGUGAACGGGACAGUGUACCGGGGCGGUAGUAAGCACGAAACCAUCUACCCGUCCAGCGGUGGUUCGAUCGAUUGGGCGUACCGGCCCGGCGGCGUACCCGUGUCCCUGACGUUCGAGCUACGCGGACCACCGGACUCGACCGACAUGUUCAUCCUGCCGGCGGACCAGAUACUGCCGGUCGGUCGGGAAACGCUCGCUGCCUUUGUAGCGAUUGUGCGUGAAGCGGCACGGCUCGGUUACUACGACGACAGCGUGAAGGUGAUUGGAGCGAAAUAAAAAUAUCUUCGUGUACCUAUCGCUAUCCAUCCGAAGCCACCAACUGUGUGCCGCUCAUUGAUCACGGCGCGUGGCUAAAUUUAUACGCGAUUUUUAUUGAUUAGCUUUGUUGGCAAGCGCAACCCGUGCCGACGUGAUAACGCAACUGAGUUAGGUGAAAAUUUGUGACCAAAUAAGUAAAAAGUAAUAACAACGAAAAAGGAAGCAAACAUCGAUGGAGAAUAAGCUA